CGCAGGCGCAGAUGACUCGGGACCGGAAGUUGGGGCGUCCGCGGCUGUUUCUGAGGACUCUCUUGUUGAUUGACCAUGUGACCUACAAGUAGUAGCAGUCACUACUCUAGUGCUUGAAGAAUGGCAGGCUUUUAACUGAUGUUCUAAAAGUGAAUGGAUGUCAUCUCUUUUCUUCUGGAAGCAUCCAGGACCUGGAAGUCCAGGAUGAACUCUUGUCCCUUCUGGAGGUCACUGCAGGAGCCAUGAAGCGCCUGGUGUGCCAGCUCCUCUGGGCUCCUGGCUACCCACGCUGCCACAUACAGUGAUCUUGUACAAGGAAAGGGGAGAUCACUCUUUGAAGAGAAAGCAGUUCCUGCUUGCUGGAGAUGUGUGUGUCUGGGGUUGGGGUAGGUGAGGCUACUUGGUCUAAGUGAUCAGAACAGGGACUACUUUUGUGACAGCACUGUGAACGAAACCAUGCCUCCUCCUAGGACAAGGGAAGGGAGGGACCACCGAGACCGAGACCACCAUCAGCCUCUCAGGGGAGAAGCAGCCCCAGAGAAAUGGGACUGGAAUUGUCCAGAGACUCGUAGACUCUUGGAAGAUGUAUUCUUUCGUGAUGAGGAUUAUAUCCAUCGUGGUUCAGAGGACUGCCAGAAGUUCUGGGCUUUCUUUGACCGUCUGCAGAGAUUUCAGCACCUCAAGACCUCCCGGAAGGAGGAUAAGGACCCUGGCCACCCCAAACAUGUUGUCCCUGCUCUAGCUGACCUACCACGCACUUACGACCCGCGCUACCGCAUCAACCUUUCCAUCCUCGGCCCAGACCCUCGAGGUCGGCAGGGACCUGUCAGGGGGCUGCCCUCCGAGAGAGUGUCAGAGUUCCGCCGCGCCCUGCUGCACUAUCUAGACUUCCAGCAGAAGCAAGCUUUUGGGCGACUCGCCAAACUGCAGCGCGAGCGGGCAGCGCUCCCCAUCGCCCAGUACAGGAACUGCAUCCUGCAGACGCUCAAGGAGCACCAGGUGGUGGUGGUGGCCGGUGACACAGGCUGUGGCAAGUCCACUCAAGUGCCCCAGUACUUACUGGCUGCCGGCUUCAGUCACGUGGCAUGCACUCAGCCCCGGAGAAUCGCCUGUAUCUCGCUGGCCAAGCGUGUUGGCUUCGAGAGCCUCAGUCAGUAUGGCUCCCAGGUUGGCUACCAGAUUCGCUUUGAAAGCACACGCUCAGCAGCCACCAAGAUCGUGUUUCUGACGGUGGGGUUGCUCCUACGCCAGAUCCAGCGUGAGCCCAGCCUGCCCCAGUACCAGGUCCUGAUAGUGGAUGAGGUCCACGAGCGGCACCUGCACAAUGACUUCCUGCUGGGUGUCCUGCGGCGGCUGCUGCCCCAGCGGCCUGACCUCAAGGUCAUCCUCAUGUCGGCCACCAUCAACAUAGCUCUUUUCUCCAGCUACUUCAGCCAUGCUCCUGUGGUGCAGGUGCCCGGGAGGCUCUUCCCCAUCUCGGUAGUGUACCAGCCGCAGGAGGCAGAGCAGACAGGGUCCAAGUCGGAGAAGCUGGACCCACGGCCUUUCCUGAGAGUGCUGGAGGCCAUCGACAAUAAGUACCCCCCCGAGGAGCGGGGGGACCUCCUUGUCUUCCUCAGUGGCAUGGCCGAGAUCAGCACGGUGCUGGAUGCUGCCCAGGCCUAUGCCAGCCUCACCCAGCGCUGGGUAGUGCUGCCGCUGCACAGCGCCCUCUCCGUGGCUGACCAGGACAAGGUGUUCGAUGUGGCUCCAGCUGGAGUGCGGAAGUGCAUCCUGUCUACCAACAUUGCCGAGACCUCGGUCACCAUUGAUGGCAUCCGCUUUGUAGUGGAUUCAGGGAAGGUGAAGGAGAUGAGCUACGACCCGCAAGCCAAGCUGCAGCGGCUGCAGGAGUUCUGGAUCAGCCAGGCCAGCGCCGAGCAGCGCAAGGGCCGAGCAGGCCGCACAGGCCCUGGUGUCUGCUACCGCCUCUACGCUGAGUCUGACUACGAUGCCUUCGCUCCGUACCCAGUCCCGGAAAUCCGAAGGGUGGCUUUGGAUGCACUGGUGCUUCAGAUGAAGAGUAUGAGCGUAGGGGACCCACGGACCUUCCCCUUCAUUGAGCCCCCCCCACCUGCCAGCCUGGAAACUGCCAUCCUUUAUCUCCGAGACCAGGGGGCCCUGGACAGCUCGGAGGCGCUCACGCCCAUCGGGUCCCUGCUGGCCCAGCUGCCUGUGGAUGUUGUGAUCGGGAAGAUGCUGAUCCUGGGCUCCCUGUUCAGCCUGGCAGAGCCGGUGCUCACCAUCGCUGCCGCCCUCAGCAUUCAGUCACCGUUCACCCGCAGUGCCCAGAGCAGCCUGGACUGUGCCACAGCCCGACGGCCGCUGGAGAGCGACCAGGGUGACCCCUUCACGCUCUUCAACAUCUUCAAUGCCUGGGUGCAGGUGAAGUCCGAGCGGAGAGGGAACUCUCGCAAGUGGUGCCGCCGCCGGGGUGUGGAGGAGCACCGCCUGUACGAGAUGGCCAACGUGCGGCGCCAGUUCAAGGAGCUGCUGGAGGAUCAUGGGUUGCUGAGUGGGGCCCAGGCAGUGGCCCCUGGGGACAGCUACAGUCGGCUGCAGCAGCGCCGGGAACGCAGGGCCCUGCACCAGCUGAAGCGGCAGCACGAGGAGAGUGGGGGACGCAGGCGUAAGGUGCUGCGGCUGCAGGAGGACGGCUGCUCCAGCGACGAGGAGCACGAGGGCGCCGCGUCCCAGCAGGCCGACAGGGUGGACAUCCAGGAUGUGAAGUUCAAGCUUCGGCACAACCUGGAGCAGCUGCAGGCGGCCGCCAGCUCCACUCAGGACCUGACCCGAGACCAGCUGGCCCUGCUCAAGCUGGUGUUGGGGCGGGGCCUCUACCCGCAGCUGGCUGUGCCCGACGCCUUCAACAGUGGCCGCAAGGACUCGGACCAGCUUUUCCACACCCAGGCCAAGCAGGGCACCGUGCUGCACCCCACCUGUGUCUUCGCCAACAGCCCUGAGGUACUGCACACGCAGGGCCGGGAGGCCCCAGGCUGCGAAGGGAGCCAAGAUGGCAAGGACCAAAUGAGCUGCAAGCACCAGCUGCUGGCCUUUGUCUCCCUGCUGGAGACCAACAAGCCAUACCUGGUGAACUGCGUCCGCAUCCCCGCCCUCCAGUCCCUCCUGCUGUUUGGCCGCUCCAUGGACACUAACGAGGACUGCUCCCGCCUGGUGGCCGAUGGUUGGCUGGAGCUGCAGCUCGCAGACAGUGAGAGUGCCAUCCGGCUCCUGGCCACGUCCCUGCGGCUCCGUGCCCACUGGGAAAGUGCCUUGGACCGGCAGCUGGCCCACCAGGCCCAGAGACAGAAGCUAUUGCAGGAAGAAGAGGUGGAGCCUCCAGCAGUUGGCCCCCAGGAGGUGGCCGCUUUGAGCCAGGAGCUGCUGCGCUUCAUGGCAGCCAAGGUUCCCUACAGCCUUCGACGGCUCACUGGCCUAGAAGCCCAGAAUCUCUACGUGGGACCCCAGACCAUCACGACCGCCCCUAGUCUGCCCGGCCUCUUUGGAAAUUCUACCCUGACCCCACACCCCACCAAGGGGGGCUACGCUGUCUCUGAUUUUCUCACCUACAACUGCCUCAUGAGUGACGCCGACCUGUACAGUGACUGCCUGCGCUCCUUCUGGACCUGCCCACACUGCGGCCUGCACAUGCCCUUCACACCCCUGGAGCGCAUUGCUCACGAGAACACCUGCCCUGAGGCACCAAGGGACGGUCCAGGGUCUGAGGAGGCUGCUCCUGCCCCGAAGCCCAAGACGACAGCCCUGCAGAGGCCCUACCACUGCCAGGUGUGUGGAGAGGACUUCCUGUUCACGCCCACGGAGGCGCUAAGACACCGCAGGCAGCACACGUGAGCCAGUGUACAUGCCAGAGUCCCCCGAGCACCCUGGCAGCCUGGGGCUGCAGUGUGUGUCCCUGGAAUAAAGCCAGACUUUGCUUCCAAA